AUGCACACCACUCUCUUAAGUACUGCAUACGGUGACAUCGACAGAACUCCGCACGACCCCGAGGAAGACCACAGCCCGUUUAUGGUGCUGUGGUUUUCCCCCGGCGGCCCGUACGGCUCUGUGGGCGUGGACCUGGCCUUCGAGGCCAUGCUGUGCCAGAUCUUCGGCGAGGCCUUCAUCCAGAGCUUCAAGGCGCGGCGGCCUGCGGCCUGGGUGGACCUCACCAUCGCCUUCGAGUCCCGCAAGCGCUCGGCGGCGCCGGGCCGGCCCAACGCGCUCAACGUCUCGCUGCCCUUCUCCUUCAUGGACUUCUACAAGACGCAGCGCGGCCACAGCGUGGAGGCGGCCCUGAGGAGGAGCAACAUGAACAUCGUGAAGUGGUCCUCCCAGGGCAUGCUGCGGCUGACCCAGGAGGCCAUGAACGAGCUGUUCCAGCCCACCGUCAGCGGGAUCGUCAGACACAUCGAGGAGCUGAUAGCGAAGCCCGAAGUGCGCGGCGUGCGCUUCCUCUUCCUGGUCGGGGGGUUCGCCGAGUCGCCCAUGCUGCAGCGGGCGGUCCAGAAUGCACUGGGGCGCGCCUGCCGCAUCAUCAUCCCUCAGGACGUGGGCCUGACCAUCCUGAAGGGCGCCGUGCUCUUCGGACUCGACCCCACCGUGGUGCGCGUGCGCCGCUGCCCGCUCAGCUACGGCGUGGGCGUGCUGAACCGCUUCGUGGACGGGCGCCACCCCCGCCACAAGCUGCUGGUGAAGGACGGCCGCGAGUGGUGCACGGACGUGCUGGACCGCUUCGUGGCGGUGGACCAGUCGGUGGCGCUGGGCGAGGUGGUGGGGCGGAGCUACACGCCGGCGCGCGCCGGCCAGCGCAAGAUCAUCAUCAACGUCUACUGCAGCGCCGCCGACGACGUCACCUACAUCUCCGACGCCGGCGUGAGGAAGUGCGGCACGAUCACCCUCGACCUCCCGGAGGCCCCCGCCCCGCCGCCGCCAGGAGCCGCGGGGGCUGCCGUGGCGGGGGCGGGGCUGGGGGCGGGGCUUGGGGCAGGGGCGGCGGCGGCGGCGGAGAGGCGGGAGAUCCGGGCCACCAUGCAGUUCGGGGACACGGAGAUCAAGGUGACGGCGGUGGACGUGAUGUCGAGCCGCACCGUCAGAGCCUCCAUAGACUUCCUGUCCAACUGAGGAGCGGCGGGAAGUGGGGAGUUCCGAAGCAACAGGAAGAGGAGGAUCUGAGCAACGAGGACUGGAGCGUCCGAGGCGAUACGCUCACUUGUGCGGGCCGGCGUUUCCAGCGGUAUCGACGUCUGACGUCGAGCUCGACUGAGGAAGCCUAACAAGCAUGCCCGCUCCAUCUCGGUGAGCAGGAUGUUAUACAAUAGAAAAAAAACGAGGGGGAAAGCUUCACUCCCAUUGCCGUUUUCACUAGGUUGAAAUGAAUGGGAGAUGAAUUAUAAUACGGUCGUCUGUGAAUCACAUCUUUCCAGGGGCCAGGGGGGAAGCUGUUUGAAUAAUAGGAAGGAAGCCAGGCAGAGGGAAUACGUUACACGAUUGCCCCUUAAGGAGGAUGUGUUUGGAGUACAGCGCAUUAUUAAAACGUUUGAUGUGGAAACCUAGAACAGUCAAGUUAAUUUACAUAACCAGCCCCAUUCCCAGGCCAGAUGAUGUGUGUUUAGGACCCCCAAAGAAAUGACAUGUGUUCUUUUGGAGGGCUCAGCAACAAAGAGAACCUUCUGAAGGGAACUCUCUUUAAUAGGUUGUCUCUGUGUUUGUCUGUCCGAUGCUGAAUAUGUUCCAAGCUUGACUGUACACAGGCUCCUAGUAGACAUACGAGUAAACUUGAAUAGUGUGUAACAGCCAAUUGAACCUAGGUAGAUUCGACGUCUACAGACCCCCUGUGCAAAUUGGCAGCUCCUUGUUUGAGAAAGAAAAGCUGUAAAUAAACAAAGCAUAAGCAUACACUUUAUGAAUGUAAAACAUGUUUAAAUAGCCUCCAGGUUUCCAGUAAGGUUGGUCCAGAGUAAGGUUCACCGCAUAAUAACCCAAAUCACAAGUUCUUCCUCAUCUAAAUUAUAAGUAUUUUUAUGCAUUUCUAUAUCGAUACCUCAUCUCAAACUACAAAUAAUUCUCGAUUGACUAUUUUAAAUGAUUGUUUAACAGCAUUUCACUCUCAGAUGUGUAAUUUUACACAUAUUCUUUCCUCUUUAUCCAAGCAAUGUUUUAAUAUGACGCCACCUAGUGGUCAAGGAACCGAAGCACCAGCUGACAAGCUAUUUCGUUGGAACUGAUAUAAUAAUGUUUCUGUACUUCUCAGUGGCUGGCUCAGUAUAUUUUAAUAUAAAUUACUGUUUUCUAGUAAUGGAAAUAUUUGUAUGCAAAAUGUUGUUUGUAUUAUCCUAUCAAAUGAAAUGAACACGACUUGUAGGCAUGCAUGCAUAUAUAUAUUUUAAAAUCUGGUUUAUAUUUUUUAAUAAAUGUUUAUUGUUGGCUCUGUGACCCACUUGGACCACUUAUGGGUCCUGACCAACAGAUUGAAAACCACUGAGCUAUAGUUUGAAGGUAAGCAUCACCAAAAUACAAUGUAUUAUUGUAUUAAAAAGCUUUUCAUAAUUAGACUAAUUGAUUGUGAUUCAGUGUUUCAAUAGAUUGAACCAAUGAACCUAUAGACAACUUUGUGCUUAACAAAGAAUCUGGCUUUUUUAAAUGUGUUGAUGACCGCAUCCUCAACAGUGGGUCAACAUUGUUCCUUGAAGCCUUGCUUGAGUGGGUGAGAGUCCCUCAACCAAGAGACCUUUCUUAAGGAGCCUCUGAAAGAUUUUUGAUCAUUUUAGUUUUUUAUCCAAUUCAGAUUUUUCUGGGCCUCUGAUUGGUUGAAACACUGUUCAAAAGGGUGGGCUGCUUGAAUUUAGACUUUUACUUUGUUGAUAUUGCAUCAAAUCAGAUUCAUGUAAUAAAUAUACAAUUAGGCCUACAUCCUUUUAGUGAAAUAAUCAUCACACAAACUUCUCAUAUGCACGUUAUCUUUUUGUAUUCAAUUAUAUCCAUUCAAGUCAUUUGACCAAGUCAUUUUAGCAGGGUAAACCCAUUUGUACAAGGCACGGAAGCAUAUCCAUGUCCCUAUAUAGUAUUUAGGCCUUUACUCUCACGUCUACAACCCCCCCACAAGCAAAGCCGCAAUGCAAGCCUUUCUAGCAUCAGACUUUAAUUUGAAAGUAUGUGUUCUACAUUGAAAUAUAGCUUUCCUUUACAAAGUGCUAAAUAAACGUUGCUAAAUAGACACUUCGGCCGACAAAUAGAUGAACAGACCAUGGGACAAUCUCUUCCCCUCUCUGCCUGUUGCCCACCUGACCUCAUGGCUUGGCCAAUAGGCAGAGAGAGGCGGGAUCAUCAGUUUACUUGGCGCGCCUGUGGUAAAGUCUAUCUAUGUUCUGCUUGUUAUCAUUCUCCCUCUCAGGCGCUCCUCUGUUGGGUUGUGCUACUGUUUGUUCUGGGUUAUCUCCAUUCAGGACUGUGGGUAGUUUGGCUUCACCUCAACAUGCAUACGCCAUCAACGCCGCACACACACACACACACACACACACACACACACACACACACACACACACACACACACACACACACACACACACACACACACACACACACACACACACACACACACACACACACACACACACACACACACACACACACACAUUGCUUCACCUCUGAUGACCCACAUCCAUUCAUCAAUGUUAUUGGUUUUGUUUUGGUUCUUUUGAGGACAUUUGAGAAUGACAAUAAAUAUCAGUU